AUGCCUCCACUGGGAGCUUCCAACCUGCGCAAGAGGCAGCAGCAAGCUGAGCAUCCUUCAGAGCGUCACUCGAAGAGACAGCAGCUUGACCAUUCCACUUCAGCUUACUGGGAUAAUUUGUCGAAGAUUUAUUUAACCAAAAACGCGAUAAGAGAGCACGACCGAAGAAACAGCACUUUCAAACAACUGCAAAAGCUUCACAAACCGGUUCACCGCCGGCACUGUAGGCCCAACACCCGCCAGUUUCAGGCUGAGCAGGACGCGCGCCUGGAACUCGUUCGGCUUCCUGGGUUUCUAUGUGACUGUUCGCCUACUCAGUUAAAGGAGAUAACAAGACUCUCAAGAUUGGGUGGUCCCGAUCUAUCUGAUUUGAAGAAUGAAAGAUUGGCACAACCACGAGCCUCUCUUUCUCCCUCAAAAUUCUCUGAAAAGUGCUUUGAGGACUUUAGAGAAGCAGAUGCGCAUGCAUCUAAAGAGCCUGUUACAACCUCAGUGAAUCCAGUUCUUGAUGGUGAUAUUGGCGACCAUAAAUGUGUCGGAGGGGAGUAUUCAUUUGGAAAUCUUGCUCCCUUAACUGAUGGAACAUUGUCUUCAGCCAAACCAGAUCACUUUUUUGGUGCACGUCCUGAACAGCUGAAUCAUUCAAUCCGCGAAGCUCUUAGUGAUCAAAUUAUCCCAUCAACACAGGAUGAUCUCCCGAUGAUGCCAAACUUCUUUUUGGAGGUAAAAGGCCCUGAUGGAUCUCUUGCUGUGACCACGCGGCAAGCAUGCUACAAUGGCGCCCUGGGUGCCCGCGGAAUGCAUACUCUACAAUCCUAUCAGCAAGAACCAACCUACAAUAACAAUGGUUACACUCUUACAUCGACUUACCACGGCGGUACAUUAAAGCUGUACACCACACAUGUCAGCAAGUCAGACAAUCCAGAUAGCCGUCCUGAAUAUUUUAUGACACAGCUCCGAUCAUUUGCCCUUACUGAUACAUCUGAGGCCUUUCGACAAGGAGCUUCUGCAUACCGAAAUGAUUCAACGCCUAUCCUGGAUGAUUCUGAUGGGUCAACCAACGAAUAUCAAGAUGCCCAAUGGAGUUUUGCAGCUCCAGUUGAAGAAGUCCCUCCGGGAAAUCCGAAAACGCCGAAGAGCCGUGCCAGCGAGUCCCUUGAUACGGCCGGUGAUGAGGCCAGCCAAACAACUAGUGAUAAAGGCCCCAGGCUUCCGAGCUGAAGACAUGUACUUAAAU